UGAGUUCAGCACUUGAAUCGAAUCGCUCCACGUUGAACUCCUGCGCACCAUCUUCGACGACUCACUGCGACCGGUCCCGUACCACUCGCUACUGUUACCGGGUCGAGAGAAGCCCCUCAAAUUGUGGCCACAAUGGCCGCCAAACCUCUGAAGGACGUCGUCGGAGUUGCGAAGAAAUAUACCCAGCAGAGUACCGGCAUCUGGGAGACGAUACGCAGACUUUUCGCAGUUGAUCCAGAUCGAAGCAACGGUGUGCCCGUGAAGCACUUCCGGAACCCGCCACCUGGAGGCCUCGAUCCCAAAUUAUACGAUGAAGCCGUGACUACACCAGCCGCGGACAUUGCAGAUAACCCAUACUGGAGAAGAGAUGUCCGAAGAGCAUACCCGAAGUUAAGCACGGUCACGCAAAGAGACACUGUUGGUCUGUUGACGAUGGGAAGCGCGGCGAACCCUAGUCCGAAGCUGUUGGCUGGUGAAGAGGGGCAAAAGCAACUAGUUGCUGUUCAGCAAGAGGGAGAGAGAGGCCUGGCCACAUACUUCGAAUCGGAGAAAGCUACAGCAGUAUUGGGCGAGAAUGGUCUGCCACCUAUGCCAGUCACCUUCGGUCAAAAGAAACAAGUGAAAUAUGAAGUUGGACCAGCAAGCUACGAGGAAACAUAUCCUUGCCGAAGCUUUGUCUAACUCUCGUUGUGAUUAGUUGGGCAACUGUAUAUAGUCUACGCCCUGGAAAGCAUGAUCCAAGAAUGGAAACUCAUAUCAGGUCGUGCCACUCCUGAUUCAGCCAGUUGCUGUUCGUUGUUGUUCCAGGGCUUCUUUUUGCCGUGCAGCCUCCUCUCCAAUCGCCUUCUCGCCUUUCCUCCGCUGUCGUUCUUCGAAUGCUUCUCGGCCUUUCAGGAUACGCCCCACGAUCUCCUCAGCGUUGACAUGGG